AUGGCGCGGACCCCGGGGCCGGCCCCGCUGUGUCCCGCGGGCGGCAAAGCACAACUUUCCUCCGCUUCCCCCCCCGGGGCCGGGCUCCCGCUGCCGCCCCCGACGCCGCCGCCGCCGCUGCUGCUGCUGCUCUUCCCGCUGCUGCUCUUCUCCCGGCUCUGCGGUGCCUUAGCUGGGCCAAUUAUUGUGGAGCCACAUGUCACAGCAGUAUGGGGAAAGAAUGUUUCAUUGAAGUGUUUAAUUGAAGUAAAUGAAACCAUAACACAAAUUUCAUGGGAGAAGAUCCAUGGCAAAAGUUCACAGACUGUUGCAGUUCAUCAUCCUCAGUAUGGAUUCUCUGUUCAAGGAGAAUAUCAGGGAAGAGUCUUGUUUAAAAACUAUUCACUUAAUGAUGCGACAAUUACUCUGCAUAACAUAGGAUUCUCUGAUUCUGGAAAAUACAUAUGCAAAGCUGUUACAUUCCCGCUUGGAAAUGCUCAGUCCUCUACAACCGUAACUGUAUUAGUUGAACCCACUGUGAGCCUGAUUAAAGGGCCAGAUUCUUUAAUUGAUGGAGGAAAUGAAACGGUAGCAGCCAUCUGUAUCGCAGCCACGGGGAAACCAGUUGCACAUAUUGACUGGGAAGGUGAUCUUGGUGAAAUGGAAUCCACUACAACUUCUUUUCCAAAUGAAACCGCAACAAUUGUCAGCCAGUACAAGGUGUUUCCAACCAGAUUUGCUAGAGGAAGGCGGAUUACUUGUGUUGUAAAACAUCCAGCCUUGGAAAAGGACAUCCGAUAUUCUUUCAUAUUAGAUAUACAGUAUGCUCCAGAGGUUUCAGUAACAGGCUAUGAUGGGAAUUGGUUUGUAGGAAGAAAAGGUGUUAAUCUCAAGUGUAAUGCUGAUGCAAAUCCACCACCCUUCAAAUCUGUGUGGAGCAGGUUGGAUGGACAGUGGCCUGAUGGUUUAUUGGCUUCAGACAAUACUCUUCAUUUUGUCUAUCCAUUGACUUUCAAUUAUUCUGGUGUUUAUGUCUGUAAAGUGACCAAUUCCCUUGGUCAAAGAAGUGAUCAAAAGGUCAUCUACAUUUCAGAUGUCCCAUUUAAGCAGACCUCUUCCAUAGCUGUAGCUGGAGCUGUAAUUGGAGCUGUCCUUGCUCUUUUCAUCAUUGCGGUCUUUGUGACUGUCCUGCUGACUCCUCGAAAAAAGAGACCAUCCUAUCUUGACAAAGUGAUCGACCUUCCACCCACACAUAAACCACCUCCCAUGUAUGAAGAACGAUCCCCCCCCUUGCUUCAAAAAGACCUUCUAUAUCAGACUGAACACUUGCCUUUGCAGACUCAGUUCAAAGAAAGAGAGGUUGGCGGUCUCCAGCACUCUAAUGGACUAACUAGCAGGAGAUUGGACUAUGAAGAUGAGAAUCCCGAGGGGGAAGAUGGGAUUCAGCAGAUGUACCCCCUUUACAAUCAGAUAUGCUACCAAGACCGGAGUCCUGGCAAACAUCAUCAAAGCAACGACCCCGACAGAGUCUACAUCAACCCGCGAGAACAUUACGUGUGAUUUCCCUCUCUUUCCAGUGGAUGUCGUGACAAAUGUUUAAUCGUGGAUUGGGGAGAGAAACUGAGGCCAAUGGUUAUUAUUUUAUUCUCUCUCAUAUAAAACAAUCCCAGUUUAGUGUAUAAGAAGCCGUGAUGAAUGGCUUGGAGCCAAUAGCAAAUUUUCCUUCCCUUCAUUAAGAGUUUCUUAGCCACCAGCUGUGUUUGUGAACUUGACCGUAGCUUUGUGUGUUUCCGUGAUGAUAGUGUUUAACUACUAACACUGGGCCUACAGCAGAGCAUCUGCCUCUGAUGGCAGCAGUGAUUCUCCAGAAAGAAAGGCCCCAGCUGGGAGUGUUAACCUUGCUGGGUCUUAGGAAGGCCAGCCUAUUCAUCUGUUAACUCAAAUGAGCAGAAAAAGGAGUUCAAAAUCCAUUUCGCUAAUUAUUUCAUCAGGAUUUGGCUUUCCCUGACAUGUUUAACGUAAUUAUGGUACCUGUGCGAACAACAGGCCUGAGGAAAGCGGCAAAAUUUGCUCUUUAUCCAAAAAAAAAAAAAAAAAAAAAAAAAAAGACCACAACAGGGCAGUUUAAACCUUGAAGCCUGUUGGUCCCUUUUAAAGUCUUGUGGAUAAUUGUGAUCUAUGUUCUUGGUCGAUCACUGAGGUCCUAAGGGAUACGUGUUUGUGCCCUUCUCUGCCGGGUCUCGAUCAGCUGCGUGCUAACCCAGGUUCAACUCUCGCUCUGAUGUCGUUCCCACAGUUCUGUUCUUUCUGAGCCAGAUUAGCCUAUUUCUCACCUGCUAAAUUCUAAAAGCCUUGUCUACACGGUGGACAGCCCUGAGCCCUGUCCCUCUUUCCUGGAGUAUUUAUUGUAUAUGACAAGCUCAGCUUUCACUUAUGAAAUUCCUUUCAAACUAAUCCUAUCCACACAGGCUUCGGCUACCCUCUGCUUCUUCAGACUGCUUCUCAUCCGUGUUUUAUCUACCUCAGAAAAGCCUGCCGGAAAAUCACCAUGAAAUAACUCCUGCUCUUAGAAGCCAGGUAGAAAAUGUGAAAAUUAAAAAAAAAAUAAUAGUAAAUGCCAUUUUACUGUGGCAUAUAUGCUUAAACCCCCAUGUCGUCCUUUAUCCUCUCUACCCUGUUUUACCUGGUCAACAACAGGAGCUAAGGGAUGCUAAAAAGCAAAUAGUACAGUGACUGACUUCCCAGUGCAACACUUUGGCGCCUGCGAAUACCUGUCUUGAGUUUUCUCACUUCUCUCUGCCAACGUAUUCUCACUGAGAUGGAAAGUAGUAAUUAUAGCAGGGUGAGCAGAGGAGGGGGCCCGGGUACAUGUGCAAAUGUCAGUCACUCUCCUCACAUCGAAAGGAAGGCGAUGUUUUACUGUGUGUUCUGGAUGAUGAGAGGUAUGUCACAGAUAUUAAAAACACUACAGACUUGUCAUAUAUUAGGAAAGAACGACAUAAGUACUAAUAAAAGAGUGCACGUUUCCAACCUAAGUUUCUGGGGGACAGGGGAACAUUAACCUAGAUUUCUAAUGAGAUACCAAAGAUGCCUUGUGAUUCAUGCUGUGCUGGCUCUAGUCUCUGCUUGUAUGUUUGUUUCCUUUUCUUAGUUGCCAUGCUUUUGCAGGCAAAAUUAUCCAGGUUAUUCUACAGUGGUCACACAUUCUGCCCCUGUUGUUGCCUGGGUGGCCAACAGUUCUGGGAGAAAAGAUGCUUAAACUCUAACUCAAUGCCUCAGCAAUAAAAGGCUAAUAGUUAUAUGGAAUUAAAGGGUAAAUCCCAAGGACCCUCAUUGCUGUAUCACUGUGCUACCUCAGUUAGAGUUACUGCCCUUUGUAGCAAGAUGGCACAGAAAGAACACAUUUAUUACCUGGAAUCCCAUCAAUGAAUCAGUAGAGCUGAAGGUGUAGGAAUCCUUGCAACUAUUUUCCAACACAAAGAUGACUCUGGUCCGAGUUCUUGAGAGUGAAGUGUUUUUAUAAAUACUAGAUGUUACAAAGGAAGAGAUAUGGUGGUAUGUCACCUGUUUUGGACAGCUUUAAAAGUAUCUUACACAUUAAGGAUGGUUUCUAGGGUCCUGCUGGGAAGUGGUUUGCUGAAUUAGCAUAAAAAAAUGAUCUCGGACCUUGGGGGGAGUAAGGAUGUCUUCAUUUGCGCUAGAUUUGGAAGGGCUAGGUUGUAGGAGAUUUUUGGCCUAUCUUCAGAGGCCUCCCUAUCAAGAACCCACUAGAAAAUCUUUAAUAUUUUGGUGUAGUUAUAGUAAAGAAAUUUCAGGGUGUAGACACCUCUCUCACAACCAGCUAGUUCCCUAUCCUCUUUGCUUCGCUGUCAGCUACAGUACUUGAAUAAGCUGGUAGAUUUUAUAGCAGUUGGCCCUUUAUAUGGGUCAGAUAAGCUAUAUAAUUGUUUAUCCUGGUGUCUCCCAUCUGUUCUCUCUGAAUACUGAGUGGAACAGAAAGGAGCUUUAAAAGGGUUUGAUCAACCAGCCCCCUCAACCAAAAAAUGCCACCCAAAAUUAGCUUGUCCAUCUCUAAAUUUGGUACAUAGGCUACUUGUUGAUGGCUGUUUAAAUUUGGAAGUUAGACCUGUAAAGGUCAGUGAGUGAUAAAAUCCACAGCUGAUACUAGAUACUCUUCCCAUAACUGGUUUAUUAAAACACACUGAAACAGAAAUAAAUCCCCAGAGUGCUUAUCCACUUAGGGUUGCAGCUUAACAUUUCAAGAGGGAUUGUGCGUGCUCCAUCUCAGAUGCGCAGCCUUUAUGGCCUGUUUUGUAGGCAGCCGGGGCUCCAGGAGUGGGCAUUACUGCUGUAGUCACAGGUCACCAGCCUCUUUGCACACCGCUAAGUAAAGCAUCUGUACUGUCCAGAUUGGUCUGACAUAAUAGGAUAUGAAUUUAGAUUGAUUCUUAAAUGGCAGUGAUUUGUUGCCUCUGGGAGGGUUCUCCUAUCCCUGGCCUUCUUAUAUUUUCGAAGUUUGAAGAAGUCUGUGCUUUUUGGACUUGUAAUAUAAAAUUCUUACCUGUGAUAGACCUCCCUGUAAUACACACACGGUAGAUACUAAAGCAAUAAAUGCACUCUAAACUAAAUGAACUGGUUCCCUCAUUAGUUUUUUUACGGCCUCAUUUACUCAUAUGGAUAGUACAUUUUUUUUUUUUUGUCCAUCUUUUGAGGAUGAUUUCCUGAAUUCUCUUUCAUGGUAAUCUAAAAUUCACCUUUUUUCAUUAUACACUCUUUUCCUGCACGGGGCUCGCCUCCUGGUACUAUGGUUUAUAUACACCAGAGCCUUCCCGAGCCUCUUAUUCUGUGGGCUGUAGAGGACAGACCAUUAUGCCAAGAGCUAAAAGAACAGAUUCUACUCCCAACCUCACCCUGUCUAGCCAUGGAAACUUGGACAAGCAUCCACUGUCCAUAAAGUAGAGAUUAUACCUUCCCUGCCAGCCUCUCAGAAAUGUGAGAGCUAAGCAAGAUAAUGAUAGAUGGGAAAUUAUAAGUUCUCUUCAAACUGAAAAUACCUAUGACUCCAUUAUUAUUAUAUGUUGAACCUAUACAUCUAGUGCCCUCACCAGCACUGGAGAGAACCAAGCGGUAAUGUGAAAAUUUCAGUUUGUGAAAUUUUUAGUGCAAGUGGGGCUUCCACUUUCCUUUACUAUAAUAACUAUUUUAUCUUAUGGAAAGCUUGAUAUUCUGGACCUUAGCCUUUCAGGCUGUGUCUAAAAUUGCAACUGCAUGUUGCUGUAACAGUGGUUGCUCUUGGUUUACAGAUUACUACUAAUAAUAGCUACAUUACUGAGUUUGUGUUAUGAAUAAGUGCCUUACAUGAAUCCCCUCACUGACUAGGACCUAACUCCUGUUUUAUCCCCGUCCGGGAGCCCCUGUGGGGAUCGAGAGGCUCACACUUCUAUGGUGCACACCCAUAGAUCAUGCCACUUGCCAGCCAGCUGUCACUUCUUUAAAAUCUGCUUUUGGGGAGUGGUGUUAGGGAAUACAUUUUCUUGAUUUUUUUUUUAACAGAGGUCUAAGAAAAUACAUAGAAACAAACCAUAAGAAAUGUUUGUUAAGAUUGAAGGAUGCACAUAUGCUCAUUUUUACUUCGUUUUUGAACUCAAAAUGUUCAUAAAGACUCAUAUCCAUUAGGUUAACCGUAGCUGCAAAAACAAUCAAAUAAUGAAAGCUACUCCCUCCCAGUUGAUUCAAAGUAAUUUGGGCACAAGCUUCUCUCUAACACCCUCACCUUAGUUCUUUUGGUUUGUCCCACCUUUAUUGAACUCCUGGGGAGAGGUGGAUACAUGGAAAACUAGCUAGCUUUGGUAGAAAACCAGAACAGGAAGAGUGUGAAGUAGAAAUGUCAGGGCCCCCACCCGUGGCUCAGCCAGCUGCUUAACUGACAAGGCUCUGCAUCCUUGGACUGUUUGCCAGUCUUAUAGGAAGACCAGGGACUUCCAUUUCCUCCGAUAAACUAGAAACUGCUAUUUGCAAACCUAUUCAAUGAUAGACUCCGCCUGGAUUAAUUUUAUUAUACCUAUAAAGGUAUUUAUGUUUCCUCCAUUAAAGAAAAUUAUUGUUAACUGGACUUGGCUGGUUUGGUCACUUGCAACUCUUAGGUUGUUCUGGUAGCUUUUGGGAUGUAGAGGUGGGUGAGGGCUGUAGCUCGUCCCCCACCCCCACCUUUACCUGGUGAAUUCUUUACACUGAAAUCAGCUUUUAGACCAAUUUCUGCAUCAUUCAUGUUUAUAAGCAAGCAGGCAUCCUGUUAACAGCCUGUCCUGUAACCUUGAAAAUGUCCGAGCUCUGUUCUUUCAGGGAACUCAAUAAUAUGCAAAAAGUUUAUUAGAAGCAAAUCCAAUAAUAUUCGAGUAUAUUUAGUGUUAGCCAACCCAAUUCUGUUUAACUGCUAGACACAGAACAGGUUAGUAAUCUAGGAAGCCAGGGCUCGUGGGCUUGCUGGAGUCUCAUAGCCUGUUGAUGGAAGGGCUGGAGUGCCCUACGGUAUUUGGUCAGUCCACCUUUAACACUUUACCACUUUUUGGCCAUUGAAAGUAAUCAUUUAUUAAGAAAACCUCUGGUGUUAAACUACAGAUAAAGCCUCUGAAGUGACUAGAGUUUUUCAAAUGUUAACAACCUUUGGAGGAUGUUAUUUCCCCAGUAGGAUUCUUCAAAUGUUAACUAACCACUCCUGGAGUGUAUAUUAAGACUAGUUAGCGAUUGCCAAAAUAAUUUAAAUUACAUAAAUGUAACAACUCGUUAAGGAUUCCUCACAGUAUCACACCUGCUGACAUUUCUCCUUAGUGACAACUUCUUUCUGGGUGGGAAGGGGGUGGGAAGGGAGCCGGGGUGGUGUGUCAGAGAGACAGAGGGAGAAGGGUCCACUUAAAAUACACAGUUAAAAAUUUUUUGUCCAUUCCCAUGUGCAGAAGAACCCUCACAUCUGCAAACAUUUCACUAUUUUGGGCCCAUUUUAUAUUUGCUUUAACAUUAUCUCUGCAAAAAGUUUAGAAGUGGGAACUAGAAAGGUCAUAUUUACCCUGACGGUCAAAAUACGUAAAAUAUGAGGUUUAUUUCUACUGCAUUUUCAUUAGAAGGUUAGUUCUCAGUUUGAUUGUGGGGCCCAGUAAACUAGAAUGAAAGAGAGUGUCAGAAAUUCAGAUGACACUCCCCACUGACACUGUGAUGGGGAAGUUCCUGCUGUAUCUCAGGGAGAAGGGAAAUCACCAUUGAUAAAUAAAAGGAUUCUCCAUGUCACUGCUUGGGCAUAACUCCCUUUCAUUUGUCCAUUCCCAAGAACAUUCUAAUAAGUGUUGGAGGCUAAAGCCAUGAUAUGUAUCAAGUUACAUACCUCCCUGCACCAAAAAGAACUAGCUAUAUUCUGUAUUCUUUAACCAAACAGUCGCCCUCUUGAGGUUUUUCCCAGCAAGGUCCUUGGCAUCACAGCCUACACUGGUUGUAUUUAUCAUCAUGGCAUGGGAUUGAACUGUGACAGUCGAUUAGAGGACUCCCUGGGAAAGCCCCCCUGGGAAUCCAGAACAUCAGAUUUGCUAUACUGGCUUAGAACUGUGACCCAUCCUGCUACAAACAUGCCUGACAGCCAUGAAGAGAUGUUUUAUGUGUCCCCUCCAGGGGUUAGGAAUAUACUUCAAACAUUCCCUAAUGUCCCAUAAUGACUCACAGUAGAUCUAUGAAGCCCAGGGUUGCACAGGAUUUUCCAAGUGAAUGAGCAUCACUGUUUUGGUUUUUUAAUAACGUUUCCAAUAAUGACCCAGUGUUUUUCCUUAAUCCACCCUAGCACAUUGAUCAGGAUAAGGUAAAUUCCUCUCUCAAGUCAUGUUGAUGGCUCGGUGUCCAUCACAGUUUGACUACAGACGGCAGUAUUUUGUCCUAAACGCAUUAGUUUGCACUUCCCCACACUGUGGCUCAUUUAUGUCUCUGCUUUUUCGUGUGGUGUGGUCUUAUGAGAACAUACUGUGUAUUUCAAUACCCAGAAGAGCAUUUGUCAUCUUAGGUUUCAUGGUGUACUUGAAAUUCCAAGUCUUUUGUGGGGAAAAAAAAAUGUUAAGUAGCUAAUGUUAAGUUGCCACUGGAUCCCCGGAUUAUUCCACUUGUCCAUCCAGAAAAGUUCCUGUUUAUCCUGUACCUUCUAUUUCUAAGCCAGGGUUUUAAGACAUGACAUCUGCUCCAGCCUGUUCCCUCUCCACGUGCUCUGCACCUCUUCGGUACUCCUCAAUCUCACCCUGUAAGUUAGUACUAUGUACCUUAAAGGGGCUUUAAGGAGGAGAAAAUAAGAUACUUAAAGGGUUGUCUUCAAGAGAGGUCCUACUUUAAAGUGAUCUUAUAAAAGCCCCUUGGCUUAGAAAUGAGAAACUCUAUAGCUAUAAUUCUUUUCCUAUUCUUGUUUUGCUAUUUUUAUUUCUGAAAAGUGAUCUCUGUCUGAAUAGUCUUACUCUGGUUUUAGCUUUCUUCCCAUUAACACUUUUCAUACUGAAAUUGUCCUCCCUACCUUAUCCGUACUCUGAUCUUUUUACUUACAGAGCCAGAACUAACUCUUCCACAGCAAAUCCCACCUACUUUUACUCCCAUCAUUGAGUGAAUGUACUGCAUUAACAGGUGUUCGGCUCUGCACGUAAGAAGUCAGAAGCUAAUGAGACCUCACUCUGGCCCUGAGAAGAUCUGACCAUGUGCCUUGGUUUCCUGGCAUAAACUGAGGUUAAUUCUGCUAUUUCACAGCACCUGGUGGGGUCAUGAGUCCUGACUAGUAAAUUGUGGAAAGCAUUUUGCAAAGGUCUAUACUAUAUAAAUGUGUAUGAAUAAUCUGGAGAGUCUUCAAGUAGAAAUGUAUUCUUGUGCAGCUCAGUUCAGAAUACUAACCUCCCCACUGUUUUCAAAUGAAAUGUUUUACUAACCUGCUUUCCCCAUUUUUUCUUUUUAAAAAUAUUUUUAGUAAAAAUUAGUUGCUACUGAUUUGAACUAUGUAUAGGAAGAAACCAAUAGUAUAUAUUCUUGCUUGUCAGAAAAUGCCCAAGUUGUAUUUUAAGAGUUCAAACUAAAAGGGUUGCAUAACAAUGUAGUGGGGUAAGGAGGAGGAUUUUAGCUCAAAUGUGGCAAAAUAUAGAAACACAAAGAUUAGCUUUGAUUUUGAGAUUGUAUUAUAAAUAGUAGAGUUAAUGUGGUUGUUAUAGAUAUUCUUUAUUUUUCAGUUACCAGAAAUUAUCUUUUAUUUUUGAACUGUAUGGUUCUUGACAUGUUUUGAAUAAAGUUUUUAUCAACUAAA